AAAUACUCUGUCGUGGUUGCUUGGCUCGUAAGAAUUCUCAGGGCAGACGAGCUUUUAUUUUGAAGCUUUAUUCUUCCUCCCUAAUUUGCGCGGGCAAAUUCUGUCUUGGCUGCAAACGGAAUUUGUUUCCUUAUCUGUCUCAAUUAAUGUCCUGCUGUUCUUGGACAAAGAAACCGUCUCCUGGUCCUUCCUCCUCUUACUACAUCGGUGACUUCGACGUCUCGUCAUACGUUUUCGAAGGUAUUUCUUCUCUUUCUAUCACCUUGAAAUUAUUGGGGAAAACGAGCACGACUGCAAUCAAAAAGACAAAGUCAGCUGAAGCGGCCUGUGAUUUGUCCUUGGAUAAGGAGGAGAAAGCUGCAGACACAUCUGUAGGUCUCCAGGAAAGGAACCAUCAACAGGACAUGAAAGACUGCAUUACAAAAGCCCUUCCUCCCCCCAGGAACAUAGAGUUCUGUUCAGUGGGAACAGACUUUGUGAUUCUGAGCUGGGACGCGCCAGAGGGUCUGGCUGAGCAGAUAGAGCAUUUCAUAGUGACCUGGUCUGAUGGGAGGAGCCAGGAGAGCCGUAAGGUUAUAGGCACCAAUGAAACGAUGAUACGAGGCCUCAGUCCUGGACGCGAGUAUCGGUUCAAGGUGGCCACAGUGGGGGAAGGUGGCCGUCAGAGUGCAUGUGUGUCAGCGUCUGAACAAACAGAAGUCCCAGCACCAGAUCGUUUGACAUCAACAGACCGAGAUGCAAGAUCCCUCACUAUUUCCUGGACUAAACCAGAUGAAUUGGAGAAAAUACCACAUCACUACCUCAUAUCCAGCACCUGCCCUGGGAAAGGGUGCUUCUCUACAAAAAGCCAGGAGACGACCUUCUCAAACUUGGACCCAGAUACUCUUUACACUGUCGAAGUUUCCACUAUCCUGGAAAAUGGAGCGCAAAGUGACCCUACGAUCAAAGAUUUCCGCACUGCACGUGUAGUAAAAAAGAGACCGUGGGAGCAUAUCUAUGAAGAUGAGUAUGAUGAUGAUGAUGAUGAUGAAGGCAAGGAGCAUGACUAUGGAGAUGAUGACACUGAGGAACAAGCAUCUCAAGAUUGUUACAGUGAAUCAACAUAUUCACAAUGACGUAAAACACCAAACAUUUGUGCUUAGUAUCAAUUUCAGAGCCACUGGCUACAAUCGCAAUUAACAGCAAAAUGGAAAUAACUGAAUGAAACAGUCGAAAAAAAUUAUGAUACUUAAUAAUAAUGAAUUAUGGCUCUGCGAAACACAUGUGCAGAUAUCUUAAACAUUGCAUUUAAUAAAAAUUUUAUGAAAUCAA